AAAGAAGGCACCAAAGAGAUAUCAAGAAAAUGCUCAAGAGCUCCUCCAAUGUAUAUACCUCCACUAGGAGGAUUUCUUUCUUUGUUCCUUCCACGAGACUCAAUGAGUUCAACAAACGACAACUACAAAAUAACGCAUCGCUCGAAACGUUCGUCAAAAACUACGAAGAAAUACAGCAAUAUUCUGCGAAGUUUGAAACUUCUCAGCAUGCUGCGAAAUUAAACAGCAUGGAGCAGGCGUCCGAGUUCAAAUUCAAACCGAACGUCGAUGUGCUAGCUGAUGCGUUAAACUCCAUAAACUUCAAAUUUUUACAUGAUACGAACGAAAAAACGGCAGUUUCUACUCUUCCGGAUAACACUAAAAAUGAAAACUUUUUACCAAAGAUACACUUUCUCCUUUAUGACACAGAUAUACGAAAUUUAUACAAUCUUCUGAAGUGCAAUGUAAACAAAAUCACAUCCUUCGAAGGUAACCUUUCUUCUUACGAAAUUUCACUAAUUAUCAAACGCUUACUUUACUAUAACGAUUCAAUAGGACAGCGUUUAAAAUUUGUUACCAAAAACAAGCACUAUUUGGAUGAAGAGGUUGAUCAUUACGUGAAAAAACUCAAUAGUUUUUCCCGUGCUGUAUACCAAUCGACCAAAUCAAUAUUCAAUGCAUUAUCCAAAAUAGAACUAUCUUUAUAUGAUUAUGAAAACAUCAUCCUUUUCCAUUAUCAGAGAAAUUAUUUGAACAAAGCCAUUGAACUAAUCUCCGAGGUAGAGAAAAAAGCAUCAGAGCAUCCUGAACAAUAUCAAUUGACUAAUACUUUGUGGGCCAUCAAAAUGGAUAUUCUAUCUCAAACAAAUACAAAUUUUUGGAAAAUUUACGGAGAAACUAUUUACAAGUUAAACUCCAGCAACAAGAUCAACUUCAAGUAUACAUAUCCUCAUCACGGUCAUAACUUCCAGACUCUUGUAAAAAGGUAUGAGGCGGAGAAGGAGAAAAACUUUUUACCCGACAGCACAUCAGUUCUUGAGGUCAUGAUUAAGGGUAUGGGAAAACAUGGUGAUUUGACAGCAUUAGACAGUUUCAUCGAAUCAAAUUGGGGCAUAAAAAAUGACCGAAAUGGUGAUAAGGGUGUUUACUUCCUCGAACAUUUCAAUAUAAAAAAAAGAAUGAACGGUUUGCUAUGGCCUAAUGAAAAUAUAUUGAUUAGCAUAUUAUUAGCUUAUGGCAAAAAUGGAGACUUGGCCACAGCUUUGGAAAUUAACAACCUGAUUCUUGAUAAAUACAAUUGUACGAACUUCUUGGAUGCUUCAAACACAAUCAAUUACUGGAUAUUGGCCUUGAGGUGUAGUGGGUUGUAUGGAGAUGCUCUCGAAAAACAAUUACUAAAGGAUGUACCACAAAAUGAGUUGUCCGAUGCUUCUGGCACUUCUUUGUUGGAAAUCAAAUAUCGACUUUUUGAUAGCGUGUGGCAAAUGUCAGAGAAAUAUGUUAAUCACUUCAAUAGAGAUAUGAUAAAACUGAAAAUCAAGUAUGCAAGUUCUCAUGAGUUAUUAAGGGGAUUGCCGAAGGUUCAUUGUAAUAUGACAGAAAUAACCUAUAACAAAAUGAGUUUGAAUUUGAAAGUUAACGAAGCUGCACUUAAUAGCUAUGUGCGUGAAUGCUGUCUGGAGUUAGCCCGUAGAGGACGCUUCCUAGAUGCAAGUCAAUUGAUUGAAAAAUUUGUAAGCUCAGAGCAAAUUGUGAAUGAAUUGAAAGAAAUGUUGGUUGAAAUGCAAGAAGCAUAUGCAAGGAAGAGAGUGAAGCAUGACGAAAGGAAACGUCAAAUUAUAGAUGACGAUGAUGACUUCGAAUUGUGGUAGCAGAUUCAACGUGUAAAUAAUGGAAAGCUCCGUCAAAAAUAAUCAAUAUACAUUCAUAUAUAAAUAGUAAAUAGCUUUGUGAAUUUUUAGAGUGGAUAGAUAAAAUAUAAAUACAACUUAUUCAACAAGAAAUCUGGUUUUUUGGCUUUAAUAUUAUCUUCAUGCGGGGU